ACGCAUUCAAAAUGCGACUCGUGCAUCGCACAGCGAAAAGAACGCUACCGUCUUUCUAACGCAGAUUUAAAGAGUACCAUUUAAGCACCAAAGGAAUGCAGGAGCGAAAACACACACACACACCGAGCAAACAAUCAAAUCGGAAAAUCCCAUUCUUCAACGAAUUGCAUCCCGCGCAAAGCAAUCGAAUCGGGAAUCCAAAUUAGAGCAGAGCAAAUACAAAAAAACAAAGCAAAACAAACAAAGCUCUCUGCAGACGCCUCCACCACCUCGUUAAGGAGGUUUUUCUUGUUGUUGUUGUUGCUAUUGCGAAUCUUCUGCCAAAGGGCCUGCGGAAUUUGAAGCAGAGUGGCCCAAGGUCGAACGCAAUUGCCGCUCGUUAUCUACUGGCUGCGUGCACUAACGAAGCCUUCGGGUGUUCGUGGGGGAAAUGGUACGACAGGAAUGACCCAUUUUAAAAGCGGCAAGCAUUGUUUGGAAGUCGUUAGAUGACAUUGAAGCUAGUUGUCGGUACAGUGGGAUGAUGUAUCGGUUGCAUUCUAUGUGCGUGUUUUUUUUACUUCAAGCCGAUGCUCGAAUCUGUAGCUGACGCAUUUUAAUAAUGAUUGACAGUGCUUUUUUUGUAAACAAACGGAAACGGAACCAUUUUCAUCGUACACAACCGUCCUGGAGUCUAGGUUUAUUUAAUUACAACAUACACGAUCCAUACAGAAAUGACGGGCGGAGAUUUCAGUCACAACUUCCAAAAAAAAAAGGCACAGCAAUAGAAAAUGUUCGAGGGUACAGAUGAAGAUUCAAUUAUAGUUUAGGUACAAUUUUGUUUUUUACUUGUCCGUCAAUGCCAUUUCGAUUUUUCGUCUUCAUUUGUUUUAGUUCUUCCGAAUGUUAUGUUGUACAUUGUGAUUUAAAAAUUCAAAUUAAGGACAAAUGUGUACGAAACAACUAGAAUUGAUAAAAAUCUUCCAUAUUACCUACCUUUAGGCGCUGAGCAUUAUCGUCGAAGUGAAAUCCUAUUAUUAACCUUUUGAUUAAUCUACUAAUGCCUUUCAAAUAGCGUCAAUUAGCUUUAGGACUUCCAUUGACCCUUGUUUUGUAUCGAUUGCAUUCUUCAAGAUGAGGAGCUGAGCCUAAAGCAGCGCCUAAAACCAUGCAAAACGCAUCGCAAAAGCGGCAUUGUCGGGCAAUGCGACACCAUUUGGAGCGUUGGACAACGUUGUGUGAGUUUUGUGACUACAGUUCUUGUGUUCUUUCUUUGAAACAUUGUCCUUUUCUUGCAGAACUACAACUUGCAGAAGUGGCCCCGUCCCCGGAAGAAUGCUCUUAACAGUGUCUGUGUGUCUCUGUGUGUGUGUGUGUGUGUGUGUGUGUGGGCGUGUGACUGAGAGGAUGUGUGGCGUAUUCAUCUUCAACAUCGUGCAGUGGACACCGAUCAAGUACCUCGGCUACUCGUACCCGCUGUGGGCCCACGCGUUCGGCUGGUUCACCGCCCUGUCGUCCAUGCUGUGCAUCCCGGGCUACAUGAUCUGGCUGUGGAGAAACACCCCCGGCGAUCGCGCUAACAAAAUUCGACUGAUCGUUCGAAUCGAGGACAGCGUGAGCCAGCUGCGGGAGAGAAUGCAGGCCGACGCCGAGAAGGGCAUGGAGCUGUAACGGGCUCCGCAGGGCGCACGCACAGCUACGAUGUUUUGCGUUUAAUUCAAUUCUUCCCCCUUCCCCUCCCCUCCACCCGCGCCAAGAUACCAGCUUUCCAGCAAAGUAACAACCAAACCAUGAAACCCAUUAUUUAACUAUCAUACCGAGUUUCGAGAGACGCAUUGUUUGUGCUUCUUUGUUUUUUUUUUUUAAUUUUAUUUUUUGAUAUUUUUUUUAUAUAGACAUAUUUAUAUAAACCUUCACAUAAAAUAAGCCGGUUUGGAUCUCCAA